GCGCCGUGUAAAUGUUCCCGGAAGCACAUCCAUGCACGUGUAGCAUUUGACAACCUUGGAAAAACUACAAAGUAACAAUCAGCUUAUCUCUUGUAGCAGACCUUUCCAGUGAUGCCAGUAACGCGAAUGUUAUACCCCCUCUACCAGCUGGGUAAUCCCCAGCUGAGGAUCUUCAGACCCAACUGGUUUCUGACUCUGGUGAGGCCGGGAAAAGAGCAGCCUCCAGACACUGUCCAGUUUCGCAUCCCAAUGGUAAUGACCAAGUAUGAUGUAAAGAACUACUUGGAGAAGAUCUAUAAUGUCCCUGUUGGAGCUGUCCGCACCAGGAUACAGUUUGGGUCCAACAAGAAAAGAAAUCAUCUAAACCAGAAGGUUAAGCAACCAGACUAUAAAGUGGCCUACGUUCAGUUGGCGCAUGGCCAGGUGUUUACCUUUCCUGACAUCUUCCCAGAAAAGGAGCGGGCACCGGCGGAGGGCUCUAUGGAGGAGAUGCAGGAGAAAUUCAUGGAGGAUGAAAAGCAGAGGCAGAAACCCGACCCCAGGAGAGGAGGGGUCACCGAGUGGUUUGGACUCUGAAACAGACUCUGUGUGUGUGUGUGUGUUUAUCGGUAUCGGCAUGUAUUGAUUUAAAAUGUUUUGUCAUCACCUCUAUUUCUGUGAGAAACAUUUACAAGUGUGUAAUAAAGAAGAACAAUCGUGUUUGGGAGACUGCAGACAUGUGUUUUGUGUGUGUGUUUGCGAGGCUUCAAUUCAGUAACCCGAGCCAGAGCAGAAUCCGAGGAGGAGGAGAGUGGCCAGGCUCCAUCUUUGAUGAAUCCAACCCACCGAAUCUCGAUCACCUCAGAUGACCUCUUCUCUUCCUCCUCACACUCCACUUACCCACUUCCUUUGCCCUUUACCACCAUCUCUGUGGCAGCAGUAUCUCUGUACCUCCUCUCUUUGUUUUUUCUCAGAGGGUUUCCCCUUGUGCCCCCACUCUGUUGUCCCUGUUUUGCUCAUCCCACUCCUAUGAUCUUCUACUGCCACACCAGUGACUCUUGUAUCCCUAGUAGCCGUGACUCUAAGCUAGUUGGAUCUGACUACCUGGGCAGCCCACAGAGUUUCCUCUUUUAUGAGUUUGCCUUGGAUUAAUUGACCACUUAAGGUAAACAACAAUUAAAAUGUUUCAGCAAAGCGAGCACAUGGAAAUUGCAGGAGGGUUAUAUUGCAGCAUUUUGUGGUAGCCUGUCUUACUUUUACUCUGGAAAAAGAUUUUAUUCACUGUGUGUAUCUUUGCCUACCAUGCAGGACUUGCCAGUGAAUCUAAUUGUAAAUGCUCUUGGAAUAAGACCUAAUAAACAGUCACUUGUUCAAAA